UGUACAAAUUAUGUUGCUUUUCGUGGUACUGCGUCUUUCUUCUUUCUUGCCCACAGUCGACACAAUUCAAUUGAAAAGGGUUGUUCUCUUCGCUCCAAUUGAGAAAGUUUAGUUGUGCCUUGAUACUAACGGAGGAAUUAAAUCUCUGACGCCAUAGCUUGGAACUUUUGGAUCACUCAUUCAUUGAUUUUAGAGCUUUUCCCCGCCACAAUUCCAAUUUCCAUUAUAUAAAAGAUUUCUACCCCGCAACUUCAUCCUCCUAUUAUAUAUUCGGCGAUUUGACCACGAGGUUUCACAGCGCCACCGCCUUUUCUUCCUAUAUAAGUCGUGUGCGGGCACAUAAUCGACUGGGAACAAGGUAGGAUCAGUUAUGUCGCUUUCCCAAAGAGUCACUUCUUUCGAAUCUCUAUCGCCGGAAAGAGGCAGAUCGCCCGCGGCAACGCAGCGCAGGAAAUUGAGCUUCAGCCCCUUGCCUGGAAACUGGGGGGAUGAAAUUGAGCAGCAGCAAAAUGUAGCGGAGGAGAUAGAAACGGUGGCGGCGUUUGAGGUCUCAAAAGCGAAGCGAAUGUGUAAGUGAGGUCUCUUUGUGCGGAGGAUGCAUAUGAAUGGAUCCUUACCGUUCGCUUGAUUUAUUUCAUCUGAGGUUCUAGAACUAUUGUGCGACAAAAUACUAAUUGACCUCCUUUAACUAUAGUACAAGUUGCAAUCGCAGUAGUUUAUUGCCUCCUCGCCGCCGGUAUCGUCUUCGGUUACGCAGCCCUCAAACCCGUCCUUAUCCGCGAAGGUGUAUAUCAAGAAUAUUGUACGGAAGAUGAAUUGGGAGAAGGGGUACGAACUUGUUUUGAGCAGGAGAUUCGUUUGAACUUGAUGUUCACUGUCGCUGCGGUUGGCACAAACGUUGCAGCUUUACCAAUUGGCUCUAUUCUGGAUAAUUAUGGCCCAAGAGUCGCCGGUAUAAUAGGAAGCAUCUUUUUGGCCGUUGGUACUGUACUUUUUGCUUUCGCUGGGGAGCUGCCUUUCGAUGGCUUCAUUCCUGGAUAUUUACUGUUGGCCCUUGGUGGAGCAUUCUUUUUGAUCACCUCCUACCAGCUUUCAAAUACCUUUCCCAAGCAUUCCGGCUUGAUCUUGGCUCUGUUGACCGGUAAGUAAUGUUCAUCCUGCCGUUAUUUUUGAAUCAUCCUAACAAGUUUGAAGGUGCAUUCGACACCUCUAGCGCACUUUUCCUUGCAUAUCGAAUCAUAUACCAAUGGAGUGAUGGCACUUUCCAUAUCAAACAAUUUUUUCUCAUUUACCUAUUCGUUCCGGCUUUUAUUCUUCUCGCACAAAUAUUCGUCAUGCCUUCGCAAUCGUACAAGACCGUAGGCGAAAUGGUUAAACAAGUUGAAGACGACGAUGUUUUCGAUGAUCAGAUGGACGAAACCACCGCUCUCCUUCGCGAAGAGCGUCGCCAGCGUCGUGAGUCUGUCGUCUCAGAAAUAACCGAACUUUUGGGCACCAAACCAGGCAGUAAGCAAGUCAAACAGGAAGAACGCAAGAACAAAAUCUCCGGGGUGUAUGGAGUGUUACAUGGCAAGACUGUCGUACAACAAAUCUUAUCUCCAUGGUUCGUCCUUAUCACCCUAUUCACCGUCAUCCAAAUGACGCGAAUUAAUUUCUUCGUCGCCACUAUCCGCCCACAAUACGAAUAUCUCCUUCAUUCCUACGCCAAAGCCGUCGAAGUCAACACAUUCUUCGACCUGGCUCUCCCAUUAGGAGGUGUCCUCUCCAUUCCCUUCAUUGGUGUAUUUCUCGACAACAUGAGUACCCCGUUUGUGCUCGCCUCCCUCGUAACAAUCGCUACCACCAUUGGCGUCCUUGGCAUGCUCCCGUUUUCCUGGGCCGCAUAUGCCAACAUUUGUCUUUUCGUUCUCUACCGUCCCUUCUACUAUACCGCCGUAUCCGACUAUUCAGCCAAAGUCUUCGGAUUUCGCACUUUUGGCACGGUAUACGGUUUGAUCAUCUGUCUAGCGGGCCUAUUCAAUUUCAGUCAGAGCGGAUUAGAUGCAUUACUCCACAAAGUUUUCGACGGGAACCCAGUUCCCAUCAACGCGAUGCUAAUGGGUUCAGCAUUGGUAGUAGGAAUUAUCCUUUGUGCAUUUGUAGCAUGGAAAGCAUACACGAUCAAGAGAGAUGGGUUGGAAAUUGAGGCCGAACAAGCAACGGAGGUAAUGAUGCCUGGUGCUCAGAGCCCGGAAAGAUUAUAGGUUAUGUUUUAUUUUUAUUUUUCUGACGAUGGUCGCUUUUCUGUUUGAAAUAUUUGUGGUAUCGAUGCAUGGAAAGGAGUUUACUUCAUUUCUUGUCUGCAAAGCGGGGUUGCUGGGAUUGGAUAUUGCUAUACACACAUAUACACAGAGACAGACAGACAGAGAGACAGACAAACUCACAUACAGGUUUACAUACACCAUCUUCCAGGCGUUUAUCAACGAGAUAAUAGAUAUUGUUAGUUACUAGGUAUACUCUGGUAGAAAUAAUAAUUUAAAUACGUAGAC